AUGUCGAACGUGAAUUCAAAGGAACUCAAGACUUGUACAGGAUCGAGAGGAUUAGCACAUGGAUCGGAAGGAGGCAGUCGACGAGACCGUCUGACGGCAAGGCAUCCGUACGCUAGACCGAGUGAUCUUUUCAGGCAGGACCAACAGUCGAAACGGAAUGCGGGAUCGGGGAGCGAUAGUGCUGGAGGAGCAGAAUGGGAAUCCACAACCAUGCAAGAGGACGAAUCGAAUCAAUUGCUCAGCAUGCCCUCAUCUCAAGCCAGCACGAUCAGAUCGAGGCAAUCGAGCCUGCCGGACGUUCAAUCCUCCCUGUAUUGGCACCAAGGCGAUGAACCACCAGUCGACCGUCUCAUCCAAGGAUCAGUCAUCCGCGUGCGCCCCGACUGCCACAUCAUCAUGCCAGACGCGGCUUGUAUCGAAAAGCCCGACAUGACGCAACGAGCCCAGCGGGUGAACGAGAUGGUUGUAGCCUGCGAGGGCAGAGAAUUGUCUCCCAGGACGUGGUGGGGAGAGGGGUCUUGGAAUGGAGCGAUGUCCGCGCUCACGGGUGCAGAGGUCGUCCAGGCCUCGGCGGUGCACUUUUGCCCUGACACCGACGAAGCGCCUUUUCCCGAAUCGUCGCUCGACUCGUUCAGCAAGGCCUGGCGACAGUACUGUAGGCACGUCUGCCCUCGACUGUUUGCCGUGUGCGUGGCUGGUCCAGAACAGAUGUGCGUGUCGGGCAGAACAGAGAGAGCUACCGCCAUGCCCAACAUCCAGCCGGUCGAGAUUCAUAGCUCUGGAGCGCGAGCUCACGCCGCAUCGGGCAUCAUGGAUCGAUCCAGCAGGCUCGAUAUCGAACGGUUCGAAGGCAACCUGAUCGUCAUGACCGCUGGAAAAUUGUCUGAGCAAUCCACGCCGGAUCCUGGCUUCUAUCUGGUCAUUGCGGGUCGCGUCCUUGUCGUCAUUCAGGAUCCAAUCGACGCCCCCGGUCCGGUCUUGGCCGUUCUCUCCUCGGGUCACCGGCUGGUGGUCGCACCGGGAACAAAGAUGGGCAUCUAUGCCAUCGAACCGACGAUCAUGUUUGUCCAAGCCUUCCUCGACUAUCGCUGCAUCGAGUUCAUUCAUCGACAGGACGCCAGUCUGGAGCUCAAAGCAUACGCUAUGUGGAUGGGCGAGGCCCUCUCCGAUCCAUUGUGGGUCGCUUAUCUGGGAGACGAAAAGGUCAAGAUCGCGCAGAGAUGGACUCGAGAAGCACUGCAAAGGAUGGCGGAUGACAUGGUUGCAGAGAGACCAUGGUUGGAGUACAAACCAGAACACGAGGGCAUCGGGUUGGAGGUCGGGACAUUGAUCCGUUUAUACAGGCACACGAGAGAAGUCCUGGUGGAUCUUGAAGAGGCGACCCGGGGAUAA